AUGUCCGAAGUGAGCGCUACGUUACUAUUUGAAAAGGCCUAUGGAGUCCAUCGCCUAUCUGGGUUUUAUAUUUUAUAAAUUUCUGCUCACGAAGCAGAACAACAUACUUUGGUUAUGUUGCACCUGAGUACUGUGGCUGUUACAGUAUUUUUACUUGUGACUGCUACCAGACAAGAUGAUGACAUUGGUUACUUUUGGCAUUUAAGUGAUAUCCACUGUGAUUUAAAAUAUAUAAAUAAAUCAUGUAAUCUUCCAUAUGGUAAUUAUUCUUGUGAUUCUCCACUCAAACUUGCUUUAAAUGCAAUCAAUGCAACUAGAAUGUUAUUUGCUAAAACACCGGAUUUUGUUAUUUGGAGCGGUGAUAAUGGGCCACAUGAUGACAGUUUGACAUCCGAUCAACUUUUGGAUGGCAUCCGGUUAAUAAGUAAAGCGUUGAAACAAUCAUUUCCAGUGGAUGAAGUUUACAUUCUACCUGUAUUAGGUAAUCAUGAUGUUGUGCCUGCAAAUACUAUGGAAAUUACACCACAAAGUCGUUCACGUUUUGACUUGUGUCACAAACUUGGUAAUGAUGUAGAUUUAUGGGGUGAAUGGAUUAAUCAUCGACAAAAGAAACAUUCAUCAUCAUCAUCAUCACGUCCCUCUUCUUCUUCCUUCUUCUCAUCAGAAAAUUCAUUCGACUUUCCAAUGGCUAAUUUCUCACAAACUUGUUUCUUCUCACAUUAUCUUGUAUAUAAUACUGCUUCCAACAAUCAUUUUAAUACUGAUAAAAACAAUCAUAACUCUGAAAUUGCUCAUCAACCUAAUUUACUUCUAAUCAGUUUAAAUGGUCUAAUCUGGUAUCAAGGGAAUAUAUUAGCUGGUACUAAUGAUCCAGAUCCAUUGGGUCAAUUAAAUUGGCUUCGAAAAACAUUUGAAUGGGCAAGAAAACGAAAGGAUAAAGUUUUACUUGUUAGUCAUUUCCCUCCGGGUGCUUCAGAAAAUGCUCCACAAUGGUAUCAAUUUCUUCGUCCAGAAAUCAAUGAUCAAUUUGUGAAUAUAUUAAUUGAUAAUGCAGAUUUAUUAAUGACUGGAUUAUUCGCUCAUGAACAUGUGGAUAGUUUUCGAUUAUUAGUAUCUAAAUCAAAUGUACCAUUAGCAUCUUUAUUUCUUAUGCCUUCCAUUUCUCCAUUAAUGUUACAUGGAUUAGGUGAUUUUAAUCCACGUAUUCGAUUAUAUCGAUUUAAACGUUCCACAAUGACUCUAUUAGGUUAUUCACAAUAUUAUUUUAAUUUACAAAAUCAAUUAUUCAAUUCUGAUCCAUUCAAUUAUUGGCAAUUAGAAUAUGAUACAAUGGAUACAUAUCAUUUAACUGAUUUAUCUGCAAAUUCAUUCAAUCUAUUAUGGUAUAAUUUCUCUAAAGAAGAUAAUCAUUAUUGGUCAAAAUAUUGGAAUUAUGAAUUAGGCGGUCGACCACAUGUAUUCAAACCAAAUUAUCUUACAGAGAAUGGUCUUUGUCCACGAGCUAAAUCCCAAUGUCGAUGUGAUCAUUUAUGUGCUAUACGAUUUUUGAUUAUAUCCGAUUUAACUAAUUGUCUUCAAUUAUGUAAAGAUAUAAAAUAUAUUCAAGACAAUGAAUUAGCUGACAAUGGUGGUGAUAAUAGUCUUCAACAUCCAAUGUUUGCUGAUGUCGAUGCUGCUGUUGCUCCUGAUUAUCCUAAUAAAAAUAGCACCUAUUUAAAUCAUUCAAUUAACAAUCAAACAAGUAUUACAAAUUCUAAUGAACGUAGUAGUCUACCAUAUAUUAUUGGUGUGAUUGUUGCCUUUUUAGUGGUAUUAGUCGGUAUUGUUUUAAUUGUUAAUCGUGAAGUAUGUAAUCGACAUAGAGUUUAUCAUCAGCGUACAUCAUUACUGGCUAGUGUAAUCGGUAUCAAUGGAACUAAUCCUGGAAGUAUUGGUGGAAAUGGUCUAUUUUUAAAUACAAUCAAUGGUGCAUUACCCAGCUCUUCAUUUCUUCAUGGAUCAUGUUCAGUUGCUAAAGAUAACGAUCAUUGUACCGGUGGUUCGUGUAUUGAAUUGCGUACAGCUUUUCAUCCAUCUUAUGAUGAUUUCUAUUCGGAAUAUCUUAAUAAAUCUGUCACAUCUUUAAAUGCAAUCACAUUCUCCAACGGUACUACUACUACUACUAAUAAUAAUAAUAAUCAUAAAGAAUCAGAUCGAAUGAUGAAUCAAUACAAUGUAGAGAAUUCCUUUACUCCAUUGGAGCAUAAUGAUACAAUCCUGUCACCAUCUCAUAUGAUUUCCUACUAUGAAAAUCCUAGUGAUAAUAGUAGGAGUAGUAGUAAUAAUAAUAAUAAUAACAACCAAAGCAUAAAACAAAAGUAUAUUAGUAAACGAUAUUCCCUACCGAAUUAUGCUUAUUUUAAAAAAUAUCUAUCUAGUCAUAUUAAUCCAACUGGUCGAAUGGUGUAUGUAGUGAAUCAACUAUUUGAUCGUUGUGGACACACUAGUAGUCGGGUAAGUCAUGUACACAAUAAUGAUACUGUUAAUAAUAAUAAUAAUAAUAGUAAUAAUAUGAAUGUAAACACUACUAAUACUAACAUUGGUAAUUGUAAUAAUACUGAACAAUAUGUGUUGAAUAAAAUCUCAUCAACUGAUGAGAAAAGUUAUACAACAUCUGAAAGAUCAUCCAAUAGUCAACAUACACAAUCACAAAACAUUUAUCAUCAUUAUCGUCAAAACAACAGUUGCCUUCCUGAAGAUUAUUAUGCUGAUGAUGAAGCGUUCGGUGAUGAAGACUAUAAUGAUCUUCAUCAUAAUACUCAUGUUUAUUAUCAUUCACAGAAAGAUCAGAACAACAAAACAAAUAAUAUCUGUACUGAUACAGUUGCUGAUAGGGAUAAUCAUCAAGAUCAAAGAGAAUUAUCAAUAUUAUCACAAACUGGUUAUCAUCAAUUAACUAGUAAUAAAAAGCCUAAAUUGAAUCAAAUAAAAAAACAAUUCAGUUCUCAUCGAAGUCAUCAUUAUCAUCAUCCUCCUCCUCCUCCUCCUCCUCAUCAUCAUCAUCAUGAACAACAUCAACAUGAUGAUGAUGAUAAUGUUCAUCGUAAAAGUAGUACCAAUGAUGAAGAUCAUGAUUCAAUGAAUGAUCAUCUUUUUCAUUAUGAUCAAGAAUCAAAACUUCUUAAUAAUAAUAAUAAUAAUCAUAAUCAUAAUAAUGUUCAUAUUGGUAGAAGAAAAUAUUUCAAAGAUCAUAAAUUCACAUUUUGUCGUACAAAAUCAACUAAUCCAAAUGAUUCAUUCAAUAAACAUCAUGUUAUCAAUCAUUCAUCAUUUUCAUCAUCUUAUUCUUCACCUUUAAAAUCAUCUCAUUCUAUAGUACAUAGUCAAUCAUUAAUUCUAAAUGAAAUAAAUCCUAAUACUACUAAAGACAAUACUACUUUAUGUAGUAUUAGUAGUAGUAGUGGUAGAAAACAUAAAUCUAAACAUAAUCUACAUAAUAUAUCAACAUCUUCAUUGACAUGUUUACCAAAUGAAUUAGAUAUUCAUUUAAACAAUAAAAUGAAAAUGAUUCAACAACAAAAUUUUGAUCAUCAUCAUCAUCAUCAUGAUGAUCUAUAUCAACAGUCACAUUCAAGUUAUACAUCACCGUCUAAAUAUCGACCACAAUUUUCAUUAUCAUCAAUACCAUUAUCGAGAACACCAAAACAUAAUCACGAUCAUGAUCGCGAUCAUGAUCAUCAUGAUCAUCACUUGUAUCCGGAUCAACAUACUCUUAUUUCAUUUUCAUUACCAAAUCAAACGGAUCAAAAUUUAUCAUUGAAUUUAGAUCAUUUAAAUAGAAAUAAUGAUGGAUUACAACAUGAUGAUAUGAAUGAUAGAAAUCAUUUAAGUAGUAAUAAUAAUAAUGAUAACAUUAUCUCUUUGAAGAAUUUCCCCUCAACUACAAAAAAUGUAUCCAUUGUAAAUAUACCUAAAUGUGAUUAUGUUCGAUUGUCUAGUUAAUUAUUCGUUUUUUGGCCUAUUGUAUUUGUUUAUCUAUGUAAAUAUAAUUUAUCUUUUAUUGUUUCUCACUCUGUUCACCCCCACCCCUUUCUAUCUCUCCCUCUUGUUCUCGUUCUCGGUCUCAUUCUCCCUUUCUUUGAAUAUUAAUAUGAUAUAUUGAUGAGUCAUUUGAAGAAGAAAAAAAAACGCACAAAUUUACACAUGAUAAAUGAUUUGUGUUUUGAGGGAUGGGGGUUUUUGUGUGUGUGUGUGUGCGUGUGCGUGUGUUAUGUUGAAUAUGAAAUCCUUUGAAAGGUAUUUACACCUUUUUAUUUAUCCAUUUUUUUUGUUUGUUUGGCAUCUGUUUUGUUCAAAUGUUAGUCUUGUCGUCAAAACAAAAAAGAAAAUACACAACUAUUUAAUAUAAUCUUUCUAUGUUAUAUGGAUGCGUAUGCAUAAUGCUUAUUCUCAAUGAAUUCACCUCCCCUUCCAUACUCCCCCGUCUCCAUCAUGACAACUAUACAUUUAUGUACUCAUUUCUUUCUUUUUUUUCUUUCAAUCCUAUUUGAAGAGAAAGGGAAAGUAUUUUUACUCCAUCUAGUCUGUUGAUUAAUAUAAGAGAAUGUAAUUAUGGUAAUGAUAGUUAUUCAUUUAUGGAUAUUAUUGUAUCCAUGUAAUGAAUUAGUUCGGUUAUUCAGGUAGUUUUGAUUACAAAUAAUUUACAAUUAUUAUCAAUGAUAUUUUAAUUUAAUUUUGUUGAUUAUUAAAAACUGAUUGCUCAUUGUAGGCUUUUUUUCAUUCCUUUCUUCUUUCCUUCUUUCUUUCCCUCUUUCUUUCCUUCUUUCCUUCCUUCCUUCCUUCUUUCUUUCUUUCUUUCUUUCUUUCCUUCCUCCCUUACUUCCUUUUUUUCUUUCUUUCUUCGUCUUCUUUUAUCCAAAAUAAAAUCCAAUCAGUGUUAUGUGUAUAUUGUAGGUGUACUUAUAAUGAUUUCAUUUUUAUACUGAUCCUCUUUAUUGUAUUCCCUUGUUGUUGGCCUGAUUUUUCUCAACUUCUAUACUAUGUGUAAUUUAAUUAGGCGAUUGGGAUUAUGUUCAAGUCAACUUUCAUUCAUAUAACAUACAAUAAUAUUAAUAAUGAACAAGUAGAAUAAAACAAUCUAUUUGUACAUAUAUCUAUAUAUUUAAUGUUAUUCUAUGUUUUUGAAAGUGAAAUGUGUUGUUUUUAGAUCAUGAUCUCAGCACAGAUACAGAAGGCUCGACUAGCUUUUGCCAACUUGAGUCAUUUAUGGCGUAGGCGAGAUAUCCGUCUACAAAUCAAAGGACGGGCUUACUGCGCAUCAGUUCGUUCCGUCCUACUUUAUGGCAGUGAAACAUGGCCGGUAAGAGUAGAGGAUAUUCGUAGGUUACUAGUUUUCGAUCAUAGGUGUCUUCGAAGCAUUGCUCGUAUAUCCCGGGACCACCGAGUAAGGAAUGCAGUUGUGAGGAAAUGGGUACUAGGUAAGCAUGGCGAAUGGAUUGAUGAAGUUUAGAUGACUGGGACACGUGUUACGUAUGCCCAACCACCGACUACCUCGACGUGCGAUGUUCAGUGGUAUAGAAGUAGAUUGGAAGAAAGCUAGGGACAGUCAGACCAAAACAUGGCACAAAUCCAUGAAGUCACUGACAAGUGAACUGAGUCAUGUUGGUAGGUGUAGACUAUCUGGUUGGGGACCACGAGAUGAUAGCAACCGAUGGUUAGAGACCUUGAAUGACAUGGCUGAAAAUCGUUUGCGAUGGCGCAGGUGCAGGUCCACACUUUGUGUUCUCCCAAAUUCUAAUCUUUUGGAUUCUUCGUGCCCCUUGAUUUUCGCUUUCCAAAUUUAUUUAACCGUAUUAUACUCGUUGAAUAACAUCUUUAAACCCUAAUGUUUCCGAUUACUGCUUACACUCUUACUACCUCUACCACUACGGGAUUUGAAUCGACAAUGAUAUCUCUUGGCUAAUGUGAUAUUUCAACUCGAACUGAUGUACGUACGUAAGUAGUUCUACGUUGUUACUGACUGACUGACCAACUACUUUAAUAUUUUCUAGUCUCCAACGACUACAAUGAAGACGCUAAAGAUCAAUUCUACAAUAGGCUGCAGUCAAUCGGCGAGAAGUGUCCAACAAAGGACCUGACUAUUCUGAUGGGAGAUUUCAAUGCCAAGGUUGGAACGGACAACACUGGAUAUGAAGAUAGCAUGGGAGGACACGGACUGGGAGAAAGGAAGGAAAAUGGUGAGAGAUUUGCAAACGUAUGUGCCUUCAAUAAACUGGUCAUAGGCGGCACCAUAUUCCCACAUAAACGCAUUCACAAAACCACAUGGACUUCACCGGAUCACUCUACACAAAACCAAAUCGACCAUAUCUGCAUGAACAAAAUGUUCAGGAGGACGAUGGAAGACGUGCCUACCAAGAGAGGAGCUGAUAUAGCAUCAGACCAUCACUUGCUGGUCGCCAAGAUGAAAUUGAAACUGAAGAAGUACUGGACAAGGGGAUGGACAAUAAUACAAAGGUUUAAUACGGCCUUUCUUCGGGAUACUAACAAUCUCAACGAAUUCAAGAUAGUCCUCAGCAAUAAGUUCCAGUGCUUUCAUAAUCUACUCAAUGGAGAAGGAACUACUAUGGAGAGCAACUAGAAGGGGAUCAAAGAGGCAAUCUCUUCAACAUGUCAUGAAUUCCUGGGUCACAAGAAGCACCAUCACAAGGAAUGGAUCACUGUUGAUACACUGGAUAAGAUUCAAGAAAGAAGGAACAAGAAGGCAGCAAUGAAUACCAGUCGAACAAGAGCAGAAAAAGCCAAGGCACAAGCUGAAUACAAAGAAGUAAACAAGCAAGUGAAGACGAGCAUCAGAACCGACAAACGUAAAUAUGUGGAAGAUUUAGCAACGGAGGCGGAAAAGACUGCAAGAGAAGGAAAUAUGUGACAACUGUAUGACACGACAAAGAAACUCUGGAAAUCGCCGCAAAGCAGAACGACCAGUGAAAAGCAAGGAAGGCGAGGUAAUCACCAACAUUGAAGAACGGCGAGAAAGGUGGGUAGAACACUUCAAAGAACUCUAGAAUCGAUCAGCUCCACUGAACCCACCCAACAUCGAAGCAGCACUCACGGACAUCCCAAUCGAUGUUGGCCCACCAACAAUUGAAGAAAUCAUCAUAGCCAUUAGACAAAUCAAGAGUGGCAAAGCAGGCGGACCAUUCAACAUUCCAGCAGAGGCACUUAAAGCAGACGUAUCAUUCACUGCAAGGAUACUCCACAUCCUCUUUAGCAAGAUUUGGGAUGAGGAACAAGUACGAGAAGACUGGAAAGAAGGACUUUGAUCAAAAUACCGAAGAAAGGCGAUCUCAGCAAGUGUGAUAACUACAGGGGCAUCACUCUCCUCUCAAUACCAGGAAUAGUCUUCAACAGGGUAUUGUUAAACAAGAUGAAGGAUUGCGUAGACGUCCAACUUCGAGACCAAGAGGCAGAAUUCUGUAAGGAUCAAUCGUGUACAGACCAAGCUUCUUCGACACUACGGCGUGCCUGAGAAGAUAGUCAAUAUCGUAAAGAAUUCAUAUGAUGGAUUAAACUGCAAAAUCGUGCAUGGAGGACAGUUGACACAGUCGUUCGAAGUGAAGACCGGUGUUAGGCAAGGUUGCUUACUGUCACCGUUUCUCUUUCUCCUGGUGAUCGACUGGAUCAUGAAGACGUCAACAUGUGAAGGGGAGCACGGGAUACAAUGGACAUCUAGAAUGCAGUUGGACGAUCUAGACUUCGCAGAUGAUCUGGCUCUUCUGUCGCAAACGCAAGAGAAGACGAACAGUGUGGCAGCAGCCUCAGCAUUAGUAGGUCUCAAUAUACACAGAGGGAAAAGCAGGAUUCUCCGAUACAACACAACAUGCACCAAUCCAAUCACAAUUGACGGUGAAGAUUUAGAAGAUGUGAAAACCUUUACAUAUUUGGGCAGCAUCAUUGAUGAAUAUGGUGGAUGUGAUGCAGAUGUGAAGGCGCGAAUGGGCAAAUCAAGAACAGCAUAUUUACAGCCGAAGAACGUCUGGAACUGAAAACAACUCUUUGUCAACCAACACCAAGAUCAGGAUUUUCAAUACAAAUGUCAAGACAGUUCUACAGUAUGGAGCGGAAACCUGGAGAACUACGAAAGCCAUUAUCCAGAAUAUACAGGUGUUUAUUAACAGUUGUCUACGCAAAAUACUUCAGACCCGUUGGCCGGACACUAUCAGCAACACCGUACUGUGGUAGAGAACAAACCAGAUCCCAGGGGGAAAGAAAUCAGGACGAUGAUGCACUGGAAGUGUAUAGGACACACAUUGAGGAAAGCACCCGACUGCGUCAGAAGACAAUCCCUCACAUGGAAUCCUCAAGGCCAAAUGAGAAGAGGAAGACCGAAGAACUUAUUACAACGAAAGAUGGAGACAGACAUGAGAAGAGUGAACAACGAUUGGACAGAACUAGAAAGGAAAGCCCAAGCGAGAAUGAGUUGGAGACUGUUGGUCGGUGGUCUAUGCUUCAUUGUGUGUAGCAUGCAGUUACUGAUGAUUCCAAGCCUGAGUAAAAGAGAGGGAGUGGGCAUGGAGUAAGCAAUCCCAUAUCACAGAAACAACAUUGCUAAAACAACGCUAACACUGCGUUGAGAAUUGGAAGUAGACAUGAGGAGGAUGAAUAGCAAGUGGAAACGAGUGCCUAGGACAGAGUUUGAUCCAAAGUGCUGUUGAGCGGCCAAUGCUCCUUCAUGAGAGGGAACAGGCGUAAGUUAAUAAGCACAUCAUAAUGUCGAAGAAGCCUUCAUAGUAUUGUCCUGUCCACCCUAUCAAAUGCUAUCUCAUGGUCAAUGAAAUUGAUGUCGAGUGGUGAAUUCCAUUCAGUUGAUUGUUCUACAAUGAUCCAUAGUGUUACAAUUUGGUUGGUACACGAUUGAUCCUUAUAGAAUCCUGUCUGUUGGUCUCGAAGUUGGGCAUCUACGGAGUCCUUUAUUCUGUUUAACAAUACCCUAUUGAAAACGUUUCCCAAUAUUGAGAGAAAUGGUCAAACUGUGUUUUAAACUUCAAAUGAUACUGAUAGAAAUUGAUCAGGAACAGAAAUGAUCAACAUUCAAUAAAAUGGACUUGUCUGCCCAUCAAUUACAGGGAUAUUUCCUUGUUUUUACAAAGCUUCCAUCAACAGUGGGGUCGUGGAUGAAUUUUGUUGAGUCCCAUACCAAUGGCUAUCAAGUGAUUAUCAAACGGAAAUCAGUUCAUGAUGCAAACUAUGAAUAGUACUUCAUAGACUUUUCAAUUUCUUUAUUGAACAUAUUUCUGUCGAUCAUUUACAUAAAGUAAAUGCUUAAUUCCAAUUGUUGGGAUCAUGAUUCAAUUGAAGAUAGAUCACCAUGAAGAAACUGGAAGCACUGGACGACCGUUUCGUCCUGUUGUGGGAGCCCUCAGCAGUGCGCAUCCACGAUUCCGCCUCCUGCGAGGGUCAAACCUACGACCUAUCAGUCUUGCGCGCGUGCGUGCUCAACCAUCAGACCACUGAGCCGGCAGGCAUCCAACGGUGUUAAUAUCCAACUUCAACUAAUCCACGAAAUUGAGCGACACAUUGACCUUUUUCAUCAGUGAGUUAUUAUCUCACGACAGACCCGGAUGAACUCUACUGGUCACCGCUUCUCAUUAGAACUUCAGGAUACACCUCUUGAAGCCAGUCACUAGUGAGCAUAUGUUGAUUUAUAUCGAAGGGAGGUUUUGUAGAUAUUAUAGUAACUUCAAUGGUUAAGAUCAUAAGUCAGUUGAAGCUAGACCACCAUGUCGAUCAUUUACGCGAAGUAAAUGCUUGAUUGUUUGAUUUCUUAGUUACGUUUGUAGCAUUGUUAACUAGACAAAUAUAUUUAUUGAUUCGUAAAACAAUCAUCUUAUGUAACGAAUGAUGAGUUAUAAGUAUCCUGAUAAUGUAACAAUCUAAUUGAAUAUUGGGAUUGUUCUAAUUCAUCUAUUUGAAUUGUACAUCUGCUAUAUAUAUAACUGUCGUCUGUUCACUUGGUGUUGUUUUAUUUGUAUCUUUGCAUUGUUAUUUAGGACUGUAAUUGAUCAGUCUGUUUUUGGAAUAUAUACAUCCUGUGCGGACUGCAGGUGAAACUUACGUCUUGGAUUCCACUGUUAGCUACUAUUCAUCUUUGUCAUCCGUUGUUUAAAUUAAUUAAGUAAUCAGUGCUUCAGUAUGGAACUCUUCAAAUAUCCAAAUCUAGUGAUUUUGGUCUUACAUGCUAACACUUAACCUUCAGAUCACUAAGCCGAAAUGCAUCAGUAUUAAUGUCUAACUUCAUUCAAUCCAUGAUAUUGGAUGACCAUCUUUCUUAGGUACUCUGUGUGUAACUGCUUCAAAUCCGAUUUAGCUUAGCUCCAUUGGUUACGCUGUAGUGGCUUUGCUUUGUUAAUCAAUCACAUCGAUAACCGUUAUAAUAUAAGUCUCAACAGCGUUUGAAAUCAGAAGGUAGUGAGAAGUGGCAACUACAGUUUAUCAGCGGAUAGCGCAGAUUACAAAUCUAUCAGCGUAUCGAGCGAAUUUGAAGCGGAUAGGCGAAUAAGUAUAUGCGAGCAAUCGCGUAGGCAAAUGUAUAGUCAAAUCGCAUAAGGGCUCAGCAAGUCAAAGCAACAGCUAAUAAUAGGAUUUGAGUACGUAUAAACAUGGGAAGGAGGAUGAAUUAUAGAGUGAUAUUUAAACGAUCAACAUUUUAGCUGGGGUUUGCCAUGUGAUCUAGUGAUCAUAACGGUAUGAACAAAUAGAUGAAUUGUUACUAUUCAAUAAACGUUGUCUGUUAACUAAGUUAAUGAAAGGGCUCAACUAAAAUUAACCAUAAUAAAAAUUGAUUGUAGGGUAGUUGCUAUUAAUACUGUUAGAUGUUUGCUCAGUGAUCUACUAGUAUAGUGUUCGUAUGCGAGGUAGAAGUUACUAGAUUUGAUUCUCGCGUGCGGACUCGUGGAUGUACAUUGUUGAGAAUUCUCAAACUAAGAAAAAAUGUCUAUCCAGUGCUUUCAUGUUGAUUGAGGUCUGAUUUAGAUCGGUUCACGAUUUUGAAGAAAUGUGUAAGUUAUUCAUGGCAUUUCGAGCUGAUGUCGAACAUCCACGUAUUCAUGAAUGUCUUUUUUAUCACGAAACGUGAAGUAUUUAUUUAUUUUUAUGAUGUACAUUACUGAGUAAUAUCAAUCAGACAACUACUGAAGCUAGGAAUCCUUAGAUUACUGUUUCACAUAUUACGAGACCCCUUCAGAAGUGGGUAAUCAUGUCCUCACCUUGGACUGAGCUCAAGAUCUUUAGUCUCUCGACUAGAGAUUAACCUCUAGAUCAGAUUUUUCAUCUGACCUGAUCACAUUCAAAUUUGUACAAGUUAGAUCUGUGGCUUGAGGUUUAUGUUACUCAUUUUUAAACUCUACCUAUCACAACUUUCACUUUGUUUUAUGCUUUUGAAAUUCCUUUUAUCAUUAAGCCUAAGAUAUUGUUUAGGCUCUUUUAAUCUAUACUUUGAUACUUUCCUCUUACUGUGUUGACACAAGAUGUGUAAACUUAAAACAAUAUCAAGCAUUUUGUUGUUUAUAAUCUGUUAUAUCUGGUCAUCGCUGAUUGUUGUGUCGGGUAUAAGUGAUCAGCGUUUUUUCCAACACAAAAAUCAGCAACGACCAGAUAUAACAUCGUUUUGACGUAUAGUGUUAGAUUACUGGCGCUGAUACGUAAUAUUCCUAUGUACUUCAGUGGAGAUGAUAGUAAGGAAGGAAGCUUAUUGACCAAACGAAUCAACUUCUAGGUGUACUCAUUGUCAAGAGGCGAUAAUACUAUUUAUCUUGUUAUUACAUGUUAGUUUUUUAUUUAGAUGGUAGUAGCAAUGAUAUUUCCUUAAUUCAUAUUUCCACAAUUCUAUCCUCUGUUACGUGAUCGAUUUACAUUACUCUUAGUUCGCUAACUUUGGUAUGUGCCGCAAGAUCUUUCAAUGUUACCAAAGAACAGAGUUAUACUGAAGGUCUCGAUUCUGCUUUUAUUGGUGUGUGGAUUACUAUUAUUAAGAUUUUGUUGUAUGACAAACGUCUGAUAUGUUGAUUCGUAUCAGAAGCGUCAAUGCGAGUCCCAGAGUGGACAUCAUCUUUGAGAUGCAGGUACAUUCAGCUGGCGAGUUCUAAAUAGGACGAGACGCGAGUCCUGGAUCUCACUGCUAGCCACUAUCCAUCUCUGC